AUGAACAACCAAGCUGGCAACCGCAAGCUCGGCGUCACAUGGAAAAACCUCAGUGUAAACGUUCUCCCUGCCGACGAGCGUUUCCACGAGAACAUCAUCACCCAGUUCAAUCUUCUUCAGCUCGCCAAGGACCUUCGCGCAAAACCACCCAUGAAAACCAUUCUUGACUCUAGUUCUGGCUGUGUGCGUCCUGGCGAGAUGCUCUUGGUCUUGGGACGUCCGGGUUCGGGGUGUACCACGCUACUCAAAAUGCUGGCAAAUAAGCGUAACGGGUAUGCCCAAGUAGACGGUGACGUGUACUUUGGCUCACUUGAUGCCGAACAAGCAAAACAGUACUCUGGCAGUAUUGUCAUCAACAACGAAGAGGAGCUGUUCUACCCAACCCUCACCGUUGGCGAGACAAUGGACUUUGCUAGCCGCCUCAACAUGCCUGCGAACCUACAAGGAAAUGGUGCCAGCCCCGCCGAGGCCCGAAGAAAUUUCAAGCAGUUCCUUCUUAAGUCCAUGAACAUUGCCCACACCGAGGACACAAAAGUUGGCGACGCAUAUGUACGAGGCGUCUCCGGAGGCGAGAGAAAGCGAGUGUCUAUCAUCGAGACCCUUGCAACACGGGGCAGUGUUGUAUGUUGGGACAAUUCGACUCGCGGUUUGGAUGCCUCUACGGCCCUCGAGUAUGUUCGUGCACUGCGCUGCCUUACAGACACUCUGGGUAUGUCUACCAUUGUCACUCUAUACCAAGCUGGCAAUGGCAUCUACGAUCUGUUUGACAAGGUGCUGGUCCUUGAUCAGGGCAAGCAAAUCUACUACGGCCCGCGCAAGGAAGCACGUCCUUUCAUGGAAAGCCUUGGCUUCGCCUGUGGAGACGGUGCCAAUGUGGCGGAUUAUCUCACUGGCGUAACCGUACCCAGUGAACGGCAAAUCAAGCCCGGCUUCGAAAACUCGUUCCCUCGCAACGACACCGAAAUCCAGAAUGCCUACGCUCAGUCAACGGUCAAGGCCAAGAUGGACCGCGAACUCGACUAUCCAUCCACGGACGAGGCCAAGGCCAAUACUGAGACAUUUGUUAAUUCUGUAAAAGCAGAAAAGUCUGGGCAGCUUCCUGACUCCUCCCCGAUGACGGUAUCCUUCCCUCAACAAAUCAAAGCUUGCAUCAUUCGCCAGUACCAGGUGCUGUGGGGAGAUAAGCCGAGUUUGAUCAUGAGGCAAGCAACCAACAUCGUCCAAGCCUUGAUCUGUGGGUCACUCUUCUACAACGCACCCACCAAUACUGCUGGUCUGUUCAUCAAAUCUGGAGCCCUGUUCGUCUCUCUUCUAUUCAAUACUCUCUUCACCUUGUCAGAGGUAAACGAUUCCUUCGUUGGCCGUCCCAUCUUGGCAAAGCAGAAGAACUUUGCCUUCUUCAACCCCGCUGCUUUUUGCAUUGCCCAGGUCGCCGCCGAUAUCCCAAUCCUGAUGUUCCAGGUCACCUGCUUUGUCUUGAUUGUGUACUGGAUGACUGCACUCAAGGCGACUGCGGCGGCGUUCUUCACCAACUGGUUUGUUGUAUACGUCGUCACGCUGGCAAUGACUGCCAUGAUGAGAACGAUUGGUGCAGGAUUUCCCUCCUUCAACGCUGCGUCCAAGGUAUCGGGAUUCGCCAUCACCGCAACCAUCGUUUACAUGGGAUAUGAGAUACCGAAAUCCGACAUGCAUCCAUGGUUCGUCUGGGUCUACUGGAUCAACCCAUUGGCUUACGGAUUUGAGUCCCUGAUGGCAAAUGAGUAUGAAGGAACUAACAUUCCGUGCGUUUAUGACAAUCUCAUUCCAAACUACCUACCUCAAUACCAGGACCCAAGCGCACAAUCCUGUGCAGGAAUCCGUGGUGCACGACGCGGUGCAACUUCAGUCAGUGGACAAGAGUACCUGGACAGCCUGUCCUACUCACCUUCCAACAUUUGGCGCAACGUGGGAAUCCUUUUCGCGUGGUGGGUCUUGUUCGUUGCCUGUACAAUCUUCUUGACUCUUCGCUGGGACGACACCUCCAGCUCGAGCACUGCAUACAUCCCUCGCGAAAAGCAACAAUAUGUUCAAAGGCUUCGCACGCGCCAAGCUCGGGAUGAAGAAUCGCUGCAAACCGAAAAGGUCACACACAAUACUACGCCCGGGGAAAAGGAUGAGGAGAACAACGCCGAAACCAGUCUUAUUCGCAACACGUCGAUUUUCACUUGGCGAAAUCUGACCUACACAGUCAAGACUCCCUCAGGUGAGCGCACUCUACUCAACAACGUCCAUGGCUAUGUCAAGCCUGGAAUGCUUGGUGCUCUCAUGGGCUCGUCGGGUGCGGGAAAAACAACUCUCCUGGAUGUCCUUGCUCAACGGAAAACGGCCGGAACAAUCCGAGGUGAAGUUUUGGUUGACGGCCGACCACUGCCAGUAUCAUUCCAACGGUCCGCAGGGUACUGCGAACAGCUUGAUGUACAUGACGCUUACUCCACUGUACGAGAGGCGCUCGAAUUCUCCGCCUUGCUUCGUCAAAGCCGGGACACGCCUACCGAAGAGAAACUUGCGUACGUCAAUACCAUCAUCGACCUGCUGGAAUUGCACGAUCUUGAGAACACAAUGAUUGGAACUCCUGGUGCUGGGCUUUCAGUGGAGCAGCGCAAGAGAGUUACAAUUGGCGUUGAGCUGGUUUCGAAGCCCUCUAUUCUCAUUUUCCUCGAUGAGCCCACCUCUGGUCUCGAUGGUCAAGCUGCUUUCAACACCGUUCGCUUCCUUCGGAAAUUAGCCGACGUCGGACAGGCGGUACUCGUUACUAUCCACCAGCCCUCGGCUUUGCUAUUCGCUCAGUUUGACGUUCUUCUUCUGCUCGCGAGAGGCGGCAAGACAGUCUACUUUGGCGAAAUCGGCCACAACGCGGAGAAGAUCAAGGAGUAUUUCGGCCGCUAUGACGCACCGUGCCCCCGAGGCGCUAACCCUGCAGAGCACAUGAUUGACGUUGUUAGCGGAAAUUACCCCAGCGACAAAGACUGGCACGAUGUUUGGCUCAAUUCGCCCGAAUCAGCGGCCUUGAAUCAACACCUCGAGGAGAUAAUUUCUGACGCAGCAAGUAAGGAGCCUGGUACCAAAGACGAUGGCUAUGAGUUUGCAACCACUUUCUGGAACCAGACCAAGCUUGUUACACAUCGAAUGAAUGUUGGCUUCUUCCGAGACACGGCCUACUUCAACAACAAGCUCCUACUCCACGGCGGUGUUGCCUUCUUCAUCGGUUUCACGUUCUGGCAAAUUGGACCCUCCGUUGGCGAGCAAAAGUACGUUUUGUUCUCCAUAUUCCAGUACAUCUUCGUGGCGCCAGGCGUCAUUGCCCAGUUGCAGCCAAUCUUCCUGGAAAGGCGAGACGUCUACGAGACCCGCGAGAAGAAGUCCAAGAUGUACUCAUGGCAAGCAUUUGUCACGGCCUUGAUUGUUUCUGAGAUACCAUACCUCCUCAUCUGUGGUAUUCUUUACUACCUCGUGUUCUAUUUUGCCUCAGGUCUACCAACAAAUGCAAGCAGCGCUGGGGCUGUCUUCUUCGUGUUCUUGAUUUACCAGUUCAUCUAUACGGGGUUUGGCCAGUUCGUGGCUGCGUACGCGCCCAACGCCGUGUUCGCCUCACUAGUCAACCCUCUACUGCUGGCUGUUCUUUGCCUCUUCUGCGGAGUCCUCAUCCCGUAUAGCAAUAUUCAGGCAUUCUGGCGAUACUGGCUCUACUAUCUGGAUCCUUUCACGUACCUGAUUGGCUCACUGCUCAUCUUCACCGACUGGGACUGGAAGAUUGAAUGCAAGGAGAGCGAAUUCGCCAUCUUCAACCCUCCAGACAAUCAAACAUGCGGACAAUACUUGGAGGCAUGGAUGAACGGACCGGGCAGACGCACAAACCUUGUGAACCCCGACGCGAUGUCUGACUGCCGUGUCUGCCAGUACACAUGGGGACGCGACUAUCUGGCCACUGUCAAUCUUACUGAGAAAUACUAUGGCUGGAGAAACGCAGCUAUCUGUGUCAUCUUCUCGCUUUCCGGGUACAUGCUUGUCUACGUUCUCAUGAAGUUGAGAACAAAGGCUUCCAAGAAGGCUGAGAAGUAA